GAUUUUGAUUGUUUUCCUGUUAUAUUUGGUCCAUUUUUUUGUUUUUUUGAUAUGGGUUUGGUAAGUUUUUUUUUUAUUUAUUUUUUUUUUUUUAAUCAUCCUUUAUACCUGAGUUACAUCAUCUAAUGGUUUGGUAUUCAAUUAUUCGAGUUGGGUUUCCAAAAAUUCGAGUUGGGUUUUGAAAUUUCACCCUCCUUUUAUCAAUUGUCUAUAUCUUUUGGGUUUUGAUAGUUUUUUCUCUGUGCUUGAAGUUAUAUUGUUGUGUUUGAGUCUACAAAAAUGGAGUUGAAGAGUGGUGAGGGAGAGGGAGUGAAGGCCAAGGAUGUGGGAAGUAUUAGUAGUAAAGAAUUGUUUUUCAGAGCAGAUAAGAUUGAUUUCAAGAAUUGGGAUGUAAUGUUAGAGAAGCAUGUGAGUCGGGUUUGGUCGAGGGAUAGGGAAGUUCAGAUGAGGAAGGAAGAUUGGGAAAUUGAUUUAGCUAAAUUGGAUAUAAGAAAUGUUAUAGCACAUGGGACAUAUGGGACUGUGUACAAAGGUGCUUAUGAUGGCCAAGAUAUUGCAGUGAAGGUAUUGGAUUGGGGGGAGGAUGGUAUUGCCACAGCUGCUGAAACUGCUGCUCUUCGGGCGUCAUUUCAGCAAGAGGUUGCUGUUUGGCAUAAGCUUGACCAUCGAAAUGUUACAAAGUUUGUUGGAGCUUCUAUGGGAACAUCAAAUCUGAAGAUUCCUUUGAACAACAACUCAAGUGAUGCUCCUAAUUCCCUUCCCUCCAGAGCUUGUUGUGUUGUUGUUGAGUACCUUCCAGGUGGAACACUAAAGAAAUACCUAAUCAGGAAUAUAAGAAAGAAACUCGCCUUUAGGGUUGUGAUUCAACUGGCUUUGGACCUUUCUAGAGGUUUGAGCUAUCUUCACUCUAAUAAGAUUGUACAUCGUGAUGUUAAAACGGAAAAUAUGUUGCUAGAUUCUCAUAGAACUCUGAAAAUUGCUGAUUUUGGUGUUGCUCGAGUUGAAGCUCAAAACCCAAGGGACAUGACUGGGGAAACGGGUACCCUUGGGUACAUGGCCCCAGAGGUCCUCGAUGGUAAGCCUUACAAUAGGAAAUGCGAUGUGUACAGUUUUGGCAUAUGCUUAUGGGAAAUCUAUUGCUGUGACAUGCCUUAUCCUGAUCUUAGCUUUGCUGAAGUAUCUUCUGCAGUUGUUCGACAGAAUCUACGCCCAGAAAUCCCUAGAUGUUGCCCGAGUUCAUUGGCGAGCAUCAUGAAGAAAUGCUGGGACGCAAACCCUGGAAAACGACCAGAGAUGGAUGAGGUGGUGACAUUGUUAGAAGGUGGAAUGAUACCUGAUGGCCAGGCUCACGGCUGCUUCUGUUUCAGCACACCUCGUGGUCCAUGAGUUUUUGUUUUUCGUUUUGACUACAGAUGACAUGAAGCAGUACUUCACUAGACUGCAUAUAUAUAUUUUCUUGGGAAGGAUCUCAUGCUUGUCAGAAGUUUCUGUAGAACAUGAAUGUUGAAAUUUACUUAUUUCAGUGUAUGGAAACCAAUCUUUUCUAAUCAA